ACGCAGCCAAUCUGAAUCCCGUGACGAGGAGAGAGGCAGGGUCCCAAUAUUUAACACACAGGGCACUGAUACAUCUACACCUGUCACUGACUGCUUCCCAUGAAGAGCAACUACAACAGCACUUUAUCUCUUCAAAACCCGAUAAUGAGGAGUUCAUGGCACAGGACUGGUGAUCAGAGAUCCGCGAUGCUCUCGUGAACUCAAACGGCGAUUAUUUUUACCGGGACAUUUAUAAGAUUCGCGUGCGUUUUGCGCAAACGCGCGUGGAGAGAUGGACAGAAAGGAUGCGCUCUGUAUGUACUGAACCUGUGACGAUGCGACCACGCGUCUGAUUUUCACCAGAAUUAUCUCAACUAUGCCGACAAGAAAUAUUUCUUGAUCCGUAAGGACGCACCGGGAGAUGCCAGGAAGAUUUUGUACCUGUUUACGCAUGGAUCUCCCAUCAUAAGAAGGAUUAUUAUAGGCUACUGGAAAUGAUAGAAGAUAUUUACCACAAGCACCUUUAAAUAUUUAUUAUUAUUGUUAUUAUUAUAGUGACACAUAUUGUCGCACUUUUUAAUAUUAAACAUUUUUUACAUCACUACAAUACAUGUACUUUAACACUAUGAAGACGAUCCUCUUACGCAAAUUUCGCGUGCUGAUUUUAUUGGUGUUUCUCGUCGCAUGCACCAUGCACAUCAUGAUAGACCUGUUACCCAAACUGGAGAAACGCGCGGUCGGAUCGAGCACCGGAGCGGGAGGCGGCUGCUCGUGUCCACACAGCCCGGGCGAGGAGCCUCGAGCCUGGGCCAUGCAGCGCUCGGAGCCUAAAAAACACUCUUUGAGACUACUGCAGGAUUUCAGCAACGAGCCCAACUCGAAUCUGAGCUCGCCGGAGAAGGUGACAGAGAAAGGCGAGUCUGUGAAGAGACUACAGCAGGGCUCAAAGACUCGAGCUUUGAUGAAGGAUACAGUGAAUGGCGAGAAGAGAGCUGUCCAGGGUUCCUCCAGACUCAAACAGCUUCAUGCGCAUCCUCUUUAUAACACUGAACUGCCACAUUUAUCCGAUGAUGACACCUUAUUUAACCUCAACACUGAAAUCAAAUUUUACACCAAACCUGCAGAUCCCCAAGAAUGGCAAAACGAAGGCAAUGAGGAAGAUGAGUACAGUCCGGCAGGAGAGGCCGCAGCUGACUCAUAUCCCAACUGGCUCCGCUUCCACAUCGGGAUUAACCGCUACGAGCUUUACUCCAGACACAACCCUGUCAUUGAGUCUCUGCUGAAAGACCUGACCUCUCAGAAGAUCACCAGCGUAGCUAUGAAGUCAGGUGGCACCCAGUUGAAGCUUAUCAUGUCUUUCCAAAACUACGGACAAGCCCUGUUCAAGCCCAUGAAACAAACCAGGGACCAAGAGACACCUCCAGACUUCUUCUACUUCUCUGACUUUGAGCGGCACAAUGCUGAGAUCGCUGCAUUUCAUCUAGACAGAGUUUUGGAUUUCCGGAGAGUUCCACCGGUGGCCGGCCGCUUGGUGAACAUGACACGUGAGAUCCGGGACGUGACCCGUGACAAAAAGCUCUGGCGGACAUUCUUUAUAUCCCCAGCCAACAACAUCUGUUUCUACGGCGAGUGUUCAUACUACUGCUCAACCGAACAUGCCCUGUGCGGGAGGCCCGACCAGAUUGAAGGCUCACUGGCUGCGUUUCUUCCUGACUUGGCAGUAGCUAAGCGCAAGACCUGGAGGAACCCUUGGCGCAGAUCCUACCACAAACGCAAGAAAGCUGAGUGGGAAGUGGAUCCGGAUUAUUGUGAUGAAGUCAAACAGACUCCACCAUAUGACCGAGGAACACGUCUUCUGGACGUCAUGGACAUGACUAUUUUUGACUUUCUGAUGGGAAACAUGGAUCGCCACCAUUAUGAAACGUUUGAGAAGUUUGGAAACGAGACCUUCAUCAUUCAUUUGGACAAUGGCAGGGGAUUUGGAAAACAUUCUCACGAUGAAAUGUCCAUCCUGGUCCCCUUGACUCAAUGCUGCAGAGUGAAGAGGUCAACGUAUCUCCGACUGCAGCUGUUGGCUAAAGAAGAGUACCAGCUGAGCUCUCUGAUGGAGGAAUCUCUGCUGCAGGACCAGCUGGCGCCCAUCCUAAUUCAACCGCACCUGGAGGCCAUGGACCGCCGCCUGCGUCUGGUUUUGAAGGUGUUGGCCGACUGCGUGGAAAAAGAUGGUUUCUCAUCAGUGGUUGAGGACGACCUGAAUGGAAAUCCCACCUCGAACCACCACCAGGGACACAGGAGGUAGUGAGGACUGAAUGUCCGUCCUCAACGGUCGAACCUCCACCAUGAGCCUCCGGCGUUACUGAGGCUUGUGCUCGAGUCUCUCUGAAUUCAGUGAAUUCCAAGACUUGCCAACAUUGCCUGUGUGGAGAUAAUAUAAGAUAUACGGACACUAUACGGACGUACAUUUGCGUGUGAUGUCAGAGGAAUGCUGGGAAAAUAGUUCUUGUUUAUCGAUGGUUCACUGCAGUUGGAGCUGGGGAAUGUACUUUCUUUGUUGCAUCCUUGAAAAGUUUGCUGAAAUAAUUUAUUACAUUUGCAUAUUUAUCUCUAAGAGUUGAUGAGUGUACAGAGGACAUCUUCGGUGUACCAACAUGGAGAAAGGAAAUAAAUGUCAACAAUCCAUCUACAAUUGAGAUUCUUGGAAAAGCACAUGAUAUUAUUUAUGUUAGCUCUAACAUAAGGGCAUGUGCAAGCUUUAAUGGUAGUGCUUCAAUGUAGUUCUCCUUUGCGAGGACACUUCAUCACGCAUUUCUUUCCGGUACGUUCACAAUUUAACAUCAUUCGCCGCCAUCCAAACUAACUACAUCCAAAAGCCAUCGUUUAAAAAGCAUUGUGCAAUCAAGCCCGUUGUGUCGUUUUCUGCACUUUUGUUGUGUUUCAUUUGGGGUACUUCAGAGGUGAAGUGCACACUUCAUUUGAGGGUAUUCAUUGGUGAAGCAGGCGGCCUCCGUGGAGAACGAGAGAAUGAAUCUGAUUGGUCGUUUGGUCGUCUGGUGCCGGAGGUGAUUCCCUUCUCAGGCCCCACGCUGAAUACACCUGCUCUCUCUUAAUGAGAACCUUAAGGACGGCGUGAUGCCGGCUCGUGUUUGUAAUGUUAGUCGUACUUCACGCCGCACUUAUCUUCUCUAUCGUCUGUGAUCUCAAUGCUUGAUUAUGGAGUAGAGUACAAGCCUAAGGUAAUGAAACAAAGCUUUAAGGGAUUAACUGGGGUGCAGAGAGUGUGCCGAACCAUGUGAUAUGUAAAACCUCAAGCAAUAAAACCUCUUUGGUGUUAAUGUGUAGUUUUUCGACUGCAGCGGGGCACAGGACGUAUUAUUUGUUGUUUGGUUGCUUUGUUUUUAACGUUGUGCAUUGGUCAUUGAUCAUUGGUUUUAAACUGCACCCCACAUACCCAUUUAAUUCUGCGUCCCAUUCAAAGUCAAAUGUAUUUGUACCGCUUCAGUAUGGCAGGUGUUUCAGUGUUAACAAAGACAUCAGUACGCAUCCGAAUCGAGGAAGGUGAAUAAUGCUUUGCAACCCAGGUAGCAGACGACUCUAGGCCGGAGCUGCUGAGUUUGGCGUGGAUCCGGCCCAGAGUUGUCUGCUGUAUGGAAAUCCUGUCAUUUGUUUUUCAGCUGUAUGGUUAUUAACAGAAAGAAAUUAAACACUUUCAUUUUCUACUUUCUCAACGUGUAUUGAUUACCAAUCGUUUUAUUAUGACAUCAUUUCCUUUUUUACCACUUUGGCUUUGUUGUACAGUACUAGACUGUGAGAAAAAGGUACAGGAGCUGUCACUGGGAUGGUCCUAGUGUGUAACAUUUAGGUAUAGGUACAGUAUGUACCUCCAAGGGACUAAUAUAGGUACAAAUGUGUACUUUUUGAAAGGUAAGCGCCCCAUUGACAGCUUUUGUAUCUUUAUUUCUGAGAGUGUUGUAACAUUUACUCUGCUGUAUUUUACUGCAAACAUUUCUGUUACAUUACAUUGUAUAUGCUUUCAGGUCUCACUUAACAGUAUUUUGUAUUGUGUAAACUAUUGGCCAAAAAGGCAACAGAGUGCCUUUAACUUUCAAUAGCAGCAGUGAGUGCCCAUCCAGCAUGAACACACUCAUAAAUCAUUUUCCAAGAAAUAUAAGUUGAUCUAAAAAUUGAACUAAAGUAGUCAGUACUGUGUGUUAAAAACUUACAUGGCUAUUUAUUAAAAAUAAAAAGUAUGUUUGCGAGGAAAUACUGUGGGUUUUUUAGAUCUGUUUUUUUUUUCAUUUGAGAUUUGUUUAGCUUUAGAACAAAGUCCAUGUUCCUUGCAGAUGUUGUGUAAAGUUGAAUCUUUGAGAAGGGUCACAUGUGUUUUCUGUGUUUAACCCCAGUGCCUGUGCAAUGCUUGAGAAACUUGAAUGUUUUGGGAUUAUAUAAACUGAACUUUUAGAAGCCCACGGCCUGGACUCGAGGGAUUAUGGGAUUCUUGUGGCUUCCAUGAGCCCGACGGACUCAAAAACCCAUGUUGUUUGUGUGUUUGUGUACAUAUCUAUAAAUACGGUACGUGGGUCCAGGAAGUUGUUUUUUUGGAGCAAAAAUACUUUAUUCUUUUCUCUCUUAGGCAUUGUUACUGUGAAGACCUGUUUGCAAAAUGAUAAAAGUGUGCAAUAAAUGAA